AUGAUGGCCCCUACAACGACCGUGCAAAACAUCAGUUUGGAAGAGUAUUUGCACGAGUUUCGAACGAUUGCAGAGGAGCCAAUAUUCCGAACAACUCAGAAGGGCUUGGAACUGGAAUUGAGUGAGCAACGACAUGCUAGAGAUUCUAUAGAAUGGGUUUCGAGGGGAAUUCUGCCAGAGCACACACACAUACUGGCUGACUUGCAAAAUCUGCAAGAAAGUAUUGAAGAAAACGAGGCGGGCUUACACUACUUGGCGGGCAUUACCGAAUUGGAAAAACUAUAUUCCAGUGUUUCCACCUGGACUUCAAGUAGAGCUCUCGACCUAUCAAUGAAGGUUAUGCAAUCGACGUAUUCAGCUCACGAUCUGACCCCGGAGGUUGAAGUAAGUUGGGAUAACAUUCAGAAAUACGCCGAACUGGCCAACGUGCAUCUUAGACACGCCUUGGAAUAUCACAAGUUUUACUAUCGAGCGAAACUUCUCAAAACAAAAAUAACAGAAACAACGGAAAAUAUUUGCGAGCAAUUCAGAGACGAUCACUGGGAAUAUUGCGAUGGCACUCCAAGAGAAGCCAAGAUACUGAGUGAUAUUUUAAAGCAAUCCUUCGAAGAAUUCAGGCAGCAAACAAGUGAAAUGAUGUAUCUAAAUUCACAGGCAAAGUCAGUCGUGCCUAUCUACAUGCGGACCCAACCACUUGCGAAGGAAGUCAGAGGCGUCAUGCUAUGUGAUUACGAUGUGGGUGACAUAAAUUACCGCGCGGGGGACCAAAUUGUAGUUUUGCGAAAUGUUGUCCCAUUUGAUACCCUGUCUAACUCACUGGAACCAAGUUCAACCAUCUCCGACGUUCAAAUGGAUCGGCAGGUAGUAACUCAUAUGUCCGAGAAUACUUCCACUGAAACCAUCGAGAUUAUUGACAUGUCUGGAGAAGAUAGACUGGAUGGCUUAGAUCAGUCCAGCUCGGUUGCUGGAUUUGAUCGUACUAUUUCCGAAGGAAGUGGUCUCGACAAAAACGUCACUCCAUUCUGGUGCAUUCGGGGAUUAGAGGAUUCGGAGGAGAGAACUGUGCCGGCAGUCUGUGUGUGGAUCACCGAACAUGAUACAGAUGCAGAUAUCACGACUUCCAGGUUGCAAGAGGAGCUGUUGGAAAAUUGGAACAUUGCAAUCGAUGAGCUUUUUACCGUGGCCUGCUAUUUUCUGAAACAAUUCCUGAACAAAAUCAUUGAUAGUGGGGGCGUCUGUGUCUCCGAUUCACAAUCCCUGCUUCAACUGUUCGAUUUGAUCGAGGAAUGCUUUCCGGUUUUGCCAUGGCAACCAUACAACAAGGAGCUAGCUAGCCUGUUGGAGAAGGCUCGCAUCAUGUGGACAAAAGUUCCCACCGACGAGUUGGAAAACGGAGAAUUUUCACUGAAGCGUGGUGAAAUAGCGCAGUAUACCAAGAUCUACAAGCUGCUUAUCACACCUUACACCGACACACACACCACAAAGACAACACCCACUCUCUGCCACGCACAUUCACAAGCACUUCUCACCAAAUAUACCCAGGAACUUCACACACAGACUACACAACACAACCACGUCGACGCCGCAUCACAACACCAUCUACAACCAACACAAACACCACUCAUCGACGUCAACAAACAACUCAAAUGGACGCCAGAGACCGCACCACUCCUACAAGCACACACACAUUCCAUACUACACACCACUCCACUCAUACAUUCCACUACCAACAAAACCACGGAGCACAUACAACUAACAAACACUGCCGCCACACAAACCACUACCACCAAAUCUAGCACACAAUCCGUACAACACAUACAAGCCACACCAACUACACCACACAUCACAAACACCUCCGCCACAUACACUACUACUCAGACACCUUACACCGACACACACACCACAAAGACAACACCCACUCUCUGCCACGCACAUUCACAACAACUAACACAACCAAUAAAAACCUCCACUACCAUUGUCAAACACGCCGACACACACACCACUACCACCAAAUAUGCACACGCCGCAUCACAACACCAUCUACAACCAACACAAACACCACUCAUCGACGUCAACAAACAACUCAAAUGGACGCCAGAGACCGCACCACUCCUACAAGCACACACACAUUCCAUACUACACACAACUCCACUCAUACAUACCACUACCAACAAAACCACGGAGCACAUACAACUAACAAACACUGCCGCCACACAAACCACUACCACCAAAUCUAGCACACAAUCCGUACAACACAUACAAGCCACACCAACUACACCACACAUCACAAACACCUCCGCCACAUACACUACUACUCAGACACCUUACACCUACAGAAGCAUUACAAAGACGGCGUCCGCUCUCUUCCAGGCACAUUCUCAUCUACUAGGACAAGGAAUCAAAAGCAGCACUGCUGCUUUGAGACACGCGGACACACACACGACUGCCACGGUAUUUCGCGACGCCGCGAUGCAGCAUGGCUUAGAUCGCACGGUAACGAUGCUUACCGGGGACAGCAUGGAGCUCCAUUUUGGGCGUGGUGCUACACCACUUGUACAUGUGCAGAAGCAAUAUACUCUGGGAACUUCGUCCUCGCCAUCCACCUGUGUUACGGACUUUAACCGCCAUAUCUUUAUGUCCAAAGCAGCUUCGCUGUACCGUCCUAUAUUAGUUAGUUCGUCUUCCAGACUGUUUUUGACGGAUUCUGUUUGCGUAACUUCUUCAUGUUGUGGUGAAUAUCCGGUCCCGCAGCUCACAUCGCGUUUGCGUUCUCCAAUAGUAUGUGAUUUCGGUUAUCCGUUCAUCGCAACAAGACCGCUGCUUACCUGUGCUGAUUCUUUCACUCAGACGAUCAACGAUGCAGUGACAUUUGUACUGACUGAGCGUUUCACUGAAACGUCCGAAAGCGUCGUCUCAAAUUUGGAGUAUCUUGUUUCCUCCGAGUCGGAGCGUGAUUUGCAAGAAAGACAGUUCUGCAGGUCAGAUUACAUGGUUGAUUGGGCGAAUAUGCAUCUCGAUUUCGCCCGGUUUGAAAGCGAGUGGCAAGUUACGGCUGACGAGUUCUACAGAACUUUUCGGGAAGUGGGCACCAGUUUCCGGCCAGUGUCCCCCGAAAGAGCUGAAGUCGGAGUGUUUGCUUGCAUGCGAGUGACAGAACCGAGAGUCUUCUCCGUUCAGGCAAGGGGGACAUUGACCAAGCAGAUCAAGGAGGCCGGUGUGAGCGUAGGAGUUGGACAAAGGAGUGUAUACUGUCAAGUGACACAGCCAACCACCUACAACCGAAAGUUCACACAUGCAGGCGUGCAGACUGAUCUAUCUAAAGAUGCGCCCAGUGAAGCUACCACAAAAUUGAAUAUAGUGGCUACAAAAACCGUGGAGUCAAUCGAAGCAAUCAGUACCCGGCGAGGAUCUGCAAGAGGAACCAGCAAGCGAUUCGCAUCCGACAGGGACAUCAGUCAAUAUUAUGUCCCUGAAGUAAAAUCAAUUCUGUGCUCCGUACUGGAACGUACAGUUCAAUACGAAAUGAUGGAAGCUAGGAGAGAAUGUGAAAUCUAUUGGACUGAUCAUAUUCAAGAGAUGACAAGCUCCAACACAGGACUUCGGAAUCCGAUAGGCACUGCUGUCCGCUCAGGGUGGUGCAGGGCUGGUGACCAAGAGAUGUAUAUCGACCCAGAUACUGGAGCCCCAGUCCUGAUGGAGGACGCUCAAGCUGAAGGGUUUGUCACAAUGACCGCUUCCGAUCCCAUUUUCGACAACAGAGUGCGAACUGAGGAUUUGCCAAGUCUUGUGUUGAUAGAAAGAAUAGCUUACAGUUGGCGACCGGCAAGAAUAAUUGGUUUCGUAGACACGAAAACUGGCAGGCAAUAUACAGUAGACGAAGCAUACUACCGUGGAUACAUAUACCUAUCAGAUGAUAAGGUGUACAUCUACGAUAGGGCGAUAAAAUGUUGGAUAUCAACAGAAGAAGCUGCUGGUAGAGGCAUAGUCGAGUUGGAGCCUGUUGAUCAGUCGGAAGAUAAGGGUGAAGUUAUCGAAGAAACAUAUUCAUAUCGUGUCUUCCGUAUCACUGCUGUGAGGCCGGGAGGCGAACCAAGCGCUUGGUUGGAUCCACUAGACGCGUCUAGCAUCGGCUUAUUUAACUGGAAGACGGGAGACGUGGCCACUGAUUGGCCGGCUAGACCAGAGAUGCCUGUUCCGGGUUGUUACCCAAGCACUAUGUCCGCCCGGUUCAUGCCCACCCACUGGUGUUCGCUUCUGACAGCACGAAAAGCUGGUUGGUUGCGUCUACAAGCAGAGUUGAAUCCAGAAGACUGGGUGCUUCCGACGCCAAUGUCAGGGUCUGAUGUGAAUUACAUCGUGCUGGCAAAGUAUGACCAUCUAGUCGUCCCAAGUGCACUACCUGUCAGUACUCGAGGAUCUCCCAUCCACGCUAGUUAUUCGCAGUCACCAUAUAGCCCCCUGCAUUUUUCACCUACUCAAACGUGUCAUCAAAGAAGGAGGAAGCCAAAGGACACCAUAGGCAGAAGUCAUGGAAAAUCCAGGGCUAGAUCGGAUGCACACCUACAAGCAGGCGUACAAAUGCAUACGCUCAAUGAGUACCAAGAUGCAAGGAUUUUCGCUGGAAGGGCAUCUCAAAGACAGUACCUGUCAGACCAACAGAUCAGUGCUCUGGAAGAAACAUACAUGUCGCAAGAUUUUGACAAUCGCGACUAUGGCUAUGGAGCUCUGAUUUAGGGCCAUGGAAGUGCCUGUGGAAAACACUGGCUUUUUAUGUUUUAAUAUUUAUAUUUAUGGCAUUCAGAACAGCACUACGACAAUAAUACAUACUUUUAAAA